AUGUCGACCAGCACCCGCGUCUGCAAGGCGCUCUCCACGGCUGACAGGACCGGAUCCCAGACCAUCCAGCCGUCGAUCGCGCCCUUCUCGAACGCGGCGCGGCCGUCGGCGGAUGGCACAGUUGAUGCCCGAUUACACAAGGAUUGUGUGAAUGUGCCCAAAGCAUGCGAGUGGUUAGUUAGCGGGAUAGAAAAGAAUCUUUUAGUUUUAAUUUUGGUCCGGACAAGAAGAAAAAAAAGAAUUAUGGCAUUAGUUGAAGACAAUGGGCGUAUGUUGAUAAACAUAAAUCGUGUAUUUUAUACGAAUCAUGAUGUAUCCUACGACUAUGAUGCAUACAAAAUAGCUGUUGAUUCUGACAAUAUUGUCAAAGUAAUGCAUGCUUUAGAUAUACGUGAUCCAAUAAAAAAUCAAAUUUUUGGUGUUUACGGUGAUAAUGACACAAUACUAAAAUUUCUUCAAACAAUUUUUGAAAACAAAUUUAACGACCGUAUUCCAGCACUAUUGAAUUCAUUAUCUGACAAUGAUGAGAAACCGUCAGUUUGGACGUUAAAUAAUAAUGAAAAAUUUAUAUUUGUAAUUAUUCUUCAUAAUGACAUUGAUCCAUCUGUUAUAUUACGUAAGAAUGACAUAUUAAUUAUUAUGCAAAAAUUUUUACAAGAUAUAUGUCAACAUAUAUUUAUUUGUCCAACAGAAUCAUUCUUUUUAGAAUUCUCUAUUGAACAUCCGUUUAAAUCGAGAGCACAUAGUAAACGUAAUUAUAAAAUGCUUGAAACGGAGAUCUCCGAUGUUAAAAUACAAUCAUCAAUAAACAUUCACGAUGAUAAUAUAAUCAAAUCAAUUUCUACUUAUUCUAAAUCUAAAAAUAAAAUGCAUCGUACAUCAUCAAAAUAUGCUUAUUUAACAUCCAAAAUAAUGGAAAAAGAAAAUCAAACAGAAAGAUAUGAAAAAUUAAAUAAAUUAGAAAAUAUUUUAAAAGAAAAACAAAAUAUUAUUAAUUUUAGUUUAAAUGAUUUAUACAUGACUAAUGUUAUUCUUGGUUCAUCGAUAACAUUUUUAACAAUUGAACAAUUGGUUCGUUCGACAAUGGCAGAUAUUCAUCACUGUCGGAAAAAGAAAGAUUCCAAACAAUAUGAUAACAAAUCUACCGCUUGUUUAGUAACACAAAUAUUUAGUUAUUAUGAACAUAAGCCAGCGCUUCAGCAUAAUGUGUUAUUAAAUGAAUUUAUUACUCAAAUAUUAAAUGUUUUAAAACACUCAUCAUCAUCUACUGAUUCUCGAAAUAUUCGUUUAAAUAUAUAUCGAAUUGUUCAUAAUGCAAAUCGAAAUUUACAACAUAUAAGUACAAUUUGUGAUAAAAACAUUGUAUUUAAAUCAACUGAUCUUGAUUCAUUAUUUAAUCUCACGGGAUUUGAAGAAAACGAUCGUUUAUCUUUCAUUAAAUCACUUGAAAUUAUCAAUUGUUUUACAACAAAAAUGAAAAAAAUGAUGUCAUUAUCGAAAUCUGGUCCAUAUUUUUGUGUUCAAUGUCUUGGAGAUAAUCCUGUAUUCUUUUUUCAAUCAAAACUAUCUAUUGAUAUUAUUGAUCGUAUUUAUUGUCAAUUAUAUAGUUUGAAUAUUCCACAAACAAAUACUGACUAUCAGUUACAAAUAUUUACUGAUUACAUUGACACUUAUUGUCUUUUAUUCGAUUUAAACACUAAAAGUGAUACAAAUUUGACUGAUGAUAAGCAAAAUAAACAAAUUGGUAAUCAUUUUUUCGAUAUUAUAAAAUAUGGUGAAUUAAAAUUUGGUACAAAUUUAGUUGCUAUUGAUUCACCAGAAAAAAAUAUUUAUCAUCUUAUAGUUUCUGAUAAUGAAACAUUUUCUUCAAAUAGUGAUAAUAUUUUAAAUUAUUUUAAAAAUUUACGUUUAUCAACAGAAUUGACAAUAUGCCAUAAUAUUUCUCUUCUAUUCUGUUUGAUCUCACUUAGUUCAACAGCGACAAAUUUAUCAAAAAUUCUAGCUAGUCGAGUUCCACUUCAAAUAUGCACAAUUGAAACAGGAAGUUUAAUUCCUCUUUUUGAUGGAAAACGUGAUUUUAUUGAUCAUAUGUUAUCAAAAAAAUCAUUUAAAAUAGAAACAAAAGCACGUGAAAUAUCAUUUUCUUAUUUAGAUAAUGUAUUACGUAAUUUAACUAAUGAUAUAAAAAUAAUUGAAAUUAUUGGUCGACAAUCAAUAGCAGCUGGACGUUGUACAGAUGGUGUUUGGAUGAGUCAUGCUUAUAUUAAUAAUACUGAUUUUAUUGUAUUUGAUUGUGAAGGUUUAUUUAGUGAUAAACGAACAGAAGAAGAAGAAAUAAAAUUAAUUGCAUUUUUAUCUGCUGUUUGUGAUAUAACAAUAUUAAUUCAAGAUUUAAGUUUUGAUCGUUAUCAAGAUCGUCUAUUUUCAGUAUUAUCACACUCAAUUAAUAGAUUAACAAUAUGUGAUGAAUUAUUUAAAGGUAAAUUAUUAAUUGUUGUAAGGCGCUCCAAAUUCAAAGAUCAAGCACUAUUUUUGAAUUCAUUUGUAAGAUACAUCACUCGACGCAGAAUUUGGCGCUGAUCACGAAUAUCACCUUUAAAAUUUGAUUACUUUGUAUUUUCCCUGAGAAAACAUAAAAAUUCGAAAAAACCGCGAUUUUUAGGCAAAAAACGUUGUUUUGGAAAACCGCUUUAUAGCCUAGUCUG